AAACAAGCCGUCAAAACAUAAAGCAUAAAAUAAGAGUAGACACAAACCUCUCAUCAUAUGUUACAUUCGGAAAUAUAUAUAUAUUUUAUUAAUAUAAUCCAUAAUAAUACCUGUAAGAAUGGCCCAUGAGCAGGAGGCCUGUCGGCAGCUUCUGCCGCGCGCCAUUUUUGGAAUCAAUGGAAAGGUGGAGAAUGGAGUGCGCCAGCAUCCGGCCACCGGAUCCCUGAUCUUUGCGCUGGGCAACAAAAUCGGGAUCGCCGACUACGCCAAGAAUACCCAGGAAUUUGUGGCGGGGCACACCAACACCAUAUCCUGUCUGGAUCUGAGCAAGAGCGGCAAGUACAUGGCAUCGGGUCAGAUUAACCACAUGGGCUUCAGGGGCUACGUCAUCGUCUGGGACUAUGCGCAGCGCAAGGAGAUUGCCCGUCACGAUCUACAUAAGGUCUCCGUGCAGGCUAUCUGCUUUACGGCCGAGGACCGCUGUGUGGUGUCUAUUGGUGGUGUGGACGACGGAUCUGUCAUCAUCUUCGACAUGGAGUCAUUCUCUCCGAUUUGCCAGACUCCGGCCUCUCGGGCCAUUUCCGGCAAUGCCCUUACUGUCCGGCCAUUGCACAAUAAUCCGUACUUCUUUUUAACCGCCGGAGAUCGUCAUUUGCGCCUUUGGAGCAUUCUGCGGGAACAGAAGAAGUUGUACGUCCAGGAUGUCCUGAUGGCCAGCAAGACUCGGGUCUUUUACUGCGCCCGCAUCAAUAAGACGGAUGAUUUCGCUUAUUUGGGUACUGGAACCGGCGAUAUCGUGAAGAUUGCCCUCAAUUGCUGCGAUCGUGAUUUUGUAAGUAAGCCGGGAUCCACCAGCGGCAUCCUUGGAGCCUUCGGCACCCACAAUCCUCGAAAGCCAACGGGUCGGGAUUGCAAUCGGUAUGUUAAUGGAGUUCGCGCUUUGUAUGUCCUGGAAGGAGGACGUCUGCUGAUUGGUGCCGGCAAUGGCGAUAUCGAAUUGGUGGAGGAGCGCACCGAUGUGCCGCUGAUCAAUUUCCGGGACUAUCCAGGACCCACCUGGCCGUAUCUGCGCACCCUAAAGAAGACCCAUGUUUCGGGAAGGAUUUCAACGUUUGUUCGCUCUAAGACAGAUCUCUUUUACAUUUGCACCGACACCAACGAGAUUUACGGCCUCAACAUAAAGACUUGGGUCCUGAAACUACUCCGAACAUGUCACACCAAGUCCGUAUACUGCAUAACCUUUCCCAAAAACUACUCAGCUGUUUUUGCCACUUCGGGCAAGGAGUCCAUUCGCAUCUGGUCCUCCGGACGCAAGCAGGAACUGCUCCGCAUUAUGGUACACAACUUUAACUGUGCCGCUGUUCGUUUCACCCAUGACGGGACCAGCAUCGUCUCCGUCUGGAACGAUGGAAUCAUUCGAGCCUUCACCCCGAUUACCGGAAGACUCAUCUAUGCCAUUCCCAAUGCUCACAAUAAGGGAUGCAGCGCCUUGGCCGUAGCCUCUACAGGUCGCCUUAUCGUUACGGGAGGCAUCGAGGGUCAAGUUAGGGUCUGGAAGAUUGAUCCCUAUCGUCAGGAUCUCCUGGGCGUUCUGAAGGAUCACUCGGGGCCCAUAACGUCGCUAGAUAUUAAUUACUUGGACACGGAGGUGAUCUCUGCCUGCACUGAUGGCUCCUGCGUCAUCUGGGACAUAAAACGUAUGACCCGCAAGCAGGUGGUGACUUCAAACACUCAGUUCAUGUCCGCUUUAUAUUUCCCAAGCGGUGUUCAGGUCAUCACUUGCGGCUCCGACGGCCGGAUCAUCUACUGGAGUGUAUACAAUGGAGCCCUGAUCCGGGAACUGACUGCCUCUAAGAAGUCCUCUGUUAAUUGCGUGGCCAUCAACGAUACCGGGGACUACUUCAUCAGCGUGGGUAGCGAUCUGCAGGUGAAGCUUUGGGAUUACAACAGCGGUGCCGUGGUAGGAUUGGGUUCCGAGCACGCCUCAUCGGUGAUUAGCUGUGCCUACAGUCCCUGUAUGACCAUGUUCGUUACCGGGAGCACAGACGGCUCACUGAUCAUCUGGGAUGUGCCGCGUGACUUCUGGGGAAGACCCAAUCCACCGGAUGCGCCUAGGUACUCGCAGCCCAAGUCCUCCUCCUCCAAGACCAAGCUGAGCGAGGUGCCUGCUCGCGUCAAUUCCGGUACGAACCUGAAGCCACCAAAGGGCGAGAACAUCGAUGGACUGCUGAAGGCCACUGCUAAGGACGAUCUCUGCUGCGUGGAGUGUCCGCCGUGCGCUAAAAAGGAGGUUAAGCCUGAUCCCUUCGCUGAGUGCGGAAUCGUUCCAGAUGUGAGGAAGUGCUGAGUCCUAAUUGUUUAAGUUAUAUAUUUAUGAAUAAAAUUUGUUUAGCGACAGUGGAUAUAUGCAUAGAAA